CGAGGCGAGCCGCGAAACGUGAGUGUAAACGCUUCCUCGCGCCUCGCCUCGCAGCUCGCCUCGCCACUCGCAGCGCUCGCCUCGGAGGCGGUUUUUUGGGUACGAGUCAAAGGGAUGCCAGUGUUGCUGGCUCAACGCAAGCCGAACGCACGAGAGUGUAAACAGGCACUCGCUACCUCGCGAGCUGCGAGACGAGGUACGAGACGAGGCGCGAGGCGAGCCGCGAGACGAGAGUGUAAACUCGGUAUUAUAAUUUAUAGCAUUUUGCAGCUUGUCAAUAUCAUAACUAUCAGUAAUGUCACUGUCAAAGUGUCGAUAAAAAAAACCAACGGCAUCCAGUCCCGCGAUUUCGAUUAUUUUCGAUUUCCAAAACAAAUAAUAAAAACACAUUAGGUACCUAUAAAUUAAUAUUGAGUCAGAAAUCAAAUAAAUUUGUGUGAAUUUACGAUAUAAGCGUAGUAGGUAUAAUUUAAUUAAGUAAUUACCGAAAUGGUUUCGACAUAUCACAUAAUGAAAAUAUUCAAAAAAGCGACACACGAUAGAUUUAUGAUGAACUUGGAGGAAGACCCUGAAUUCCCUUCUACUGUUACUGUUGAACAGCACACGAGCGAUAGUAGAUGCAGAAUUUGUCUUAAAAAAGGCACAAUCCCUAUUUGUAACGAGGAAAUUGACCUCUCUGUAGAUAUUUGUACUUUCGGCGAUAUUGUAAUAAGCAGAGACGACGAAUACCCGAAGUUUAUUUGCGAUUCUUGUCUCAAACUACUUGAUUCAGCAAUACUGUUCAGAAAAACUGCAAAAGAUUCUGAUCAGAUUUUGAGAAGAACUUCAACAAAAAUUAGAAAGUGCUCCAAUAAAUCUAGGGAACCAGAAAAUGAUGGGUCUGAAUCAUACAAGCCAGAGAAUCCCUCAGCAACAUUGUUGCAAAACUUUUUCUCAUCUGUAGAGAGCGAAAAUGAUCUAUUAUGCAAUGACACAAAUGCACUAAGCCGUCGAAAGAAGGUUACCAAGGUGCAGUGUAGAAUAUGCUUCAAAAUAAUAACUAAAGCGUACUACAAAGAACAUUUUGCUCUCCAUGAUCAUUCUGAAGCAAGAUAUGUAUGUGACAUCUGUGGGAAGUCAUUUCGCCAAAGAUGCUCAUAUAGAACACAUUACUUUACCCAUAGUUUUGAAUUUCCCUACAAGUGUAAUCUAUGUCCAUAUAGGGGACGGCAUUCAGGUCUUUUGAAAACUCAUAUGCGUACACAUACAGGAGAUUAUAGGUACAUGUGUACUGAAUGUCCUGCUAGAUUUUUAACCAAGAGCAAUCUGAACAAACAUGCUUUGAAGCAUAGAGAGCCAACAUACAAAUGUGAUACCUGCCUGAAAGGGUUCCAUUCUAAGCUUGUUCUAGAAAGACAUUUUGAAGCUGAUCAUUUAGGAAUCAAGAAUCAUAUCUGCAAUGUUUGUGGCAAAGCUUUUGGCUAUAGAAAGGCUAUGAUGCGACAUCAGCUUGAUGUUCAUAAAAGAGAAAAGAAAAUGAACGGAAGGACACCUGCUUACUUAGAGGCUGAAGUUAAGAAAUUGGAGGAUAGUUUAUGAAUAAAAGAGAAAUUAUUAAUGAUAUAUUUUUGUCUUUGAUACAAUCCCAAUCACAUUAUUUAUGAGUUAUAUGAUACAAAAGGUAUAAGAUUGAUUAUUUUACUAUUACUGAAUUAACCAUGAAUUUGACUUAGACUAAUUAAACUUUGUUCAAAGUAAAAUCAAAACUUUUUAUUUCAA